CUGCUCCUGGGCGACAGCGAGCGUCGCCUGUACCGCCGCGUGAUGCUGCAGAACCUGGCGCUGGUCGCCUCGCUGGGUUGUUGCUGUGGAGCAGAGAAUGUAGAGACACCCUUUCAACCCAGUGUUUCCAUGAAAGUGUCACAGUCCAGGACUCCCAAGGCAGCGCCAUCUUCCCGGAAGCCCCACCCUUAUGAGACUUGCUUUCCGGCCUUGACAGACAUUUUCUCCUGGCCUGAGCUCCCAGAAGCUGUGUUUGGUUGUGGAGCAUGCAUGAAACAAUUUGUUUUUAGUGCGAACCUUCAAAAGCACCAGAAGGCCCAUUCAGGGGAGAAAAGCAAUGUAGACAAUGCCUCAUUUGUGAAGAGUUUCAAUUUCCUUGUGUUAAGGAAGCCCAUCACCUGUGAAGGAGGUGGGAAGGACUUUGUAGCCACUUCUGAGCGUGUCCCACAGCAGACCACUCAUUCUGGGGAGAGGCCAAGCAAAAUCCCCCAGCAUGGGGGACCUUUACAGGGCAGAAAACGUCACUUCACUGGGAGAGCAAUCAAGAUAACUCUCAGCCCCAAGCAUACACUAGGUCAGGACCGGGAUGUCCACACUGGAAGGCCGUGUUUUGAGUGUGGUGGAUGUGGGAAAACAUUCAGGAACAAAUCCUCCUUUGUUGUGCACCAGCAAGUCCAUGCUGAAGAAAGUCUUCACAAGUGUGGUGAAUGUAGCAAGUCCUUUGGGCACAGCUCCGCCCUCAGGAAGCAUCAGAGUGUUCAUGGUGGGGAAAGGCAGUGCAAGUGCAGCAAAUGUGGGGUUUUCUUUAGCCCAAAAGCUGCUUUCAUUCAACCCCAGAGAAGUCCCUCUGGAGGCACCUGUCGCCUGUGCACGGCAUGUUCAAAGUCCCUUAGCCGUAGCUCUGUCCUGUCCACUCAGCAAGGGAGGAUUUCCACCGGAAAAAGAAAUUUUGAAUGUGCUGAGUGUGGAGAAUCCUUUAAAUCAAAUUUGAAUCUCAUGGAACACUCCACAGUUCACACUAGAGAAAAACCUUAUAAAUGUGGAGAAUGUGGAAAGUUCUUUUCGGCUAAGUCGAGCCUGCGUUAUCAUCGGACCGUGCACACUGGGUCAAGGCCUCAUGAAUGUGGUGAGUGUGGGAAAUCUUUUAUCUUUAGAUCCCAGCUCCGGUAUCAUCAGAGAGUUCACACACAAGAAAGGUCUCAUGAAUGCACCAAAUGUGGAAAAUCCUUCACAUCUAGUUACUACCUUCGUUACCACCAGAGAGUGCACACUGGAGAACGGCCUUUUGAGUGUAGCGAGUGCGGGAAAUCUUUUUCUUACACCUCCAGCCUUCGUUGUCAUCAGAGGAUUCACACUGGGGAGAGGCCCUAUGAGUGCAGGGAGUGUGGGAAAGCCUUUACCCGCUACUCGGCACUCUAUCAGCACCGGACCCUACACACGGGAGAACGCCCGUUCAAGUGCACGGACUGCGGGAGAUCGUUUCGCCGUAAAUCUUUCCUUUCUCAACACCGGAGACUUCACACUGGAGAAAAGCCCUAUGAGUGCAGUGAGUGUGGAAGAUCAUUUAUCAGUAAAUCUUCCCUUUCUCGACACUGGAAACUUCACAGUGGAGAGAGCCCAUAUGAGUGCAGCGACUGUGGGAAGUCUUUCACCUCCAGGUCCACCCUCUGUUUUCACCAGAGAACUCACACGGGAGAGAGGCCUUAUGCAUGCACUGAAUGUGGGAAAGCCUUCAGCCGUAAAUCCUCCCUUACGCAGCAUCGAAGAGUUCACACCGGGACGAGUCCUUACAUAUGCAGUGAGUGUGGGAAACCUUUCACCUGUAGCUCCGCCCUCCGUUUUCAUCUGAGGAUUCACACAGGAGAGAGGCCUUACGAGUGCAGGGAAUGUGGGAAGUCGUUUCGCCGUCAGUCUUGCCUCUCCCAGCACUGGAGACUUCACUCAGGAGAAUCGCCUUACCGGUGCCAUCAGUGCGGAAAGUCUUUCACCACUAAUUCCGCCCUUCGUUAUCAUCAGACCUCUCACACUGGAGAAAAGCCCUACGAGUGCAGGGAGUGUGGGAAAGCCUUUCGACAAAAGAGUGGGCUUCGAUUACAUCAGCGAACACACACGGGGGAGAGGCCUCAUGAGUGCAGUGAGUGUGGUAAAGCCUUUUUCCAGCGAAACCACCUUAUUGUACACUUGAGAACUCACACUGGAAAGAGACUUUAAGCUCUCAGGAAAUGUGCAGUUUUCUUCCCUGCUCUAAAGCUACAGAAGGACGAGCCAGCAUCUGAGGUAAAAAUCACGCAUGCAGUGGGUGGCGACGGGGAGCACCCUGUUAUUUUCAGGUAUGUGGGAAGCAUGUUUGGCUUCAGCCCACUUCCAGCCUGCCCGAGGCCCUGUCCAGAUGCGCUUUGUUACCAGUGUCCAUGCCGAGACCCGCCUGGCGGGUCCAGCCAGCGAGUGUGGGGCACCACGGCUGUCUGCGCAGGGAUGCUGACCUCUGCUUGCUCGUGUCUGGGCUACUAAAGGUGAGCACAGGCUGUGGGGCUCCGACCAGCUUGGCAGGGAUCUGCCCUGUUGUCGGCCAAGAGAACAUCCCGAGUCCGCCAGAAACUGCGGGGCAGGGCCGUUUCUCAUAGCACGUGCCACGGGCUGAGUUUUGUUGCCAAGACACCGCCGCUCUCUGCUGUGGGUUCUGCAGUGGGAAAGCCUGGGUGCAGGAGCUGCUUCCUGUUGGAUGUUAUAUUUAUGCUGUGGGGCCCUUCAUGAACAGACCUGGGCUCCACAAGCACAGGGGACUUUCCUGGCGGUCUUGGACUGUCUGCACCUAAGGGUGGCAGCAAGAUGGCAGGUGAGCGCUCACCGUUCCCAGCACGUGUGCGCUGCCACCUCACAUGCCUGUGAGGCUUUCUGGCCCUCCCUGGGAGGCCAGGCAUCACUUCUAGGCAGCGCAGGUGACCCUGAGCAGGAGGCCAGUGUAACCAUCUCCUGUUCCUACAAGAGCACCCUGGGUUAUUCUCCCACCUCGUUCCCAGAAAACAUUAGUAUUGUUGAGGGGACUCCUCCCCGCUUCCAGCAAGGAGUCACGCACCUUCAUCUGCAGUGUUGGGCCGGGGGCCACUGGUUGUGAGGCCGCCAGCAUCAGGGUUCAUCCUAACUGCAUCUGGGACACAGCGUGUGAGGAGGGCACAGAGGCCCCACACUGGAACGAGCCAGUCAGUGCAGGGAGGGUGACACAGGUGCAGGACCACCGGCCAUCACCUCACUGUGGGCCUGUCAGAAAGUCUUCAAGCUUCCUGGUCUCCUAGGACUUGGGGCUGGCAGCAGAGCGGGGACAUGGCAUGCUUAGUUUCUGCCCACCCGGAUGCCAAACCUUUAUCACUCCCGUGUUUGGUGCCACCGAGCAAGACUGAACUCGGAGCGAGCGGGGUACAGAGUUGCCAGAUGGGCUCUCCAGGGUAGUGGACCCUGGGGAUGACCCCACUGAGUGCACAGCCGCCCGCACGGCCUGGGUGGACACAAGGAACCGGUGCCGUCUCCGUGCAGUUCUCGGGCUCCUGAUCAUCCCGCCUGCCCUUGCGGCCUCCAGAUAACAGCUUCACUUCUCUUUAUGUGGUGUGGGUGCAUUUUCUCUACUGCUGUGAUGGGCGUCCCUGCGUUUUUCCCUGGCCCUUGCUGUUGGGUCAUUACCCAGGUCCCUUGGUGACAUGACUAAGUUGGCUUUACUGUCCUUGAAAACAGCCCCACUGUUUUCCCACCAGUGGCCUGAACAGUAGGUUUGACCGGUUUUUCACCCGUGUGAAUAAAGCUUGCAGAGACGUGUACAAUUCUUUACGUGAAUGUGUUUCAUUUCUCUUUAGUAAAUAAUUUGCUGUGCAAUGUCUGAGUCCAGCGUAGGUGAUUGGUAACUUAGCACAGGCCUGUGGGACUCUGACCAGCUUGGGCAAGGACUGGCCUGUUGUUGGCCAGAGAAUAUUGCGAGUUCAGCACAGAAAGCUGAUUGAGCAUCCUCUGGUGUGGUC